UCUUACUUCCGGGGCUUGUGCCUUCCCUCUUGAAGAGCGCGGUCAGUCCAGUUCUCGUCCCCGACCGCCUCUUAUUGCACAGCGCAGCCAGGGUAAGGGUUAUUCUAGCGAGCAAGGUGUUGUCUGGCUUCCGAGGGUCAUAGUUCUUAAUUUACUCGCGAAGUACACAGCUUGUUGAUGGGGUGCAGCUUGAGCUCCUGUGAGUGGGACAGCGGGUCUGUUAAACUGCCCUGCGCCACUGUUGCAAUCGUGUCCUUUUUCGUCCACAUGAUUAAACAUUCGUUCAUAUGCUGAUGUAACUCGGGGGAUUUUCUGGAUUUUAUGAAUUUAUUAUCCAACACACAAGUUGGUUUGCGACGUCGGAUUCUGGUUUAAAAAGGCGCUGCCCCCUUUAAAAAAAAAAAAAUGAGUCACUGUUCAGUCUCUUCCCUUUUUGUGCGCGGUGUCACCCAUCCCCCCCUUCCUUCGUCUCCUGGCUCUGGGUUAGGAUGCGACCCCCCAUCGUCGCUAUCAGCAGCUACCUGAACCGUAGCUCCCAUUUCCGCGGGCACGUCACUCCCUCCAGCAACACAGCGUUCAGGGAGCGUCGAGGCGGGUCUCUUCUCCCCUUCUCCCCGCCCACUUUCUCUGCGACCAAUCCUGGCCGCCGCCGCCAGUGCGUCUGACCAAUAGACAGGAAGUUGCCGUGGCGUCGGGUAGCAACAGCCUCGGGGACGCGCAGGACGGGUGGGUGGUUUGCUGUGUCUAUGAAGUGACGGAGCCGCGCGUCAAGGUGGGAGGGGAGGCAGGAAGCCGGACGCGCGCUUUAGCACAGAAAGUUAAUAUUAUUUUAUUAUUUUGUAGGACAUUCGCUGCCAGGGUAUGCGUACUCCCAAAAGCAAACGAUUGAAAAAAGUUUACUUUCUUAUAACUUUAACACUGCGUACAUACUGUUAGUCCAUCAAAUGCUGUAUUAUUAAGAGCUUGAUGUACUUCUAUAGGGCUAUACCGACCUGCCUCCGGAAAAAAAGGAAGUUUAGUUUAUUUGGAAGAACUAAGAAAAGUCUUCGAAAACUAGUAUGUGUGAAAGGAACACGCCUUUUGCCUAGGGAAGAGAUAUUGAGAUAUACCGAGGGCUUAAAUGAUCAAGUCGAGUUAUAUAUAUAUUUUUUAGAUAAAAAUGAUCCAAGAUGAAGAAGUAGGAGCCAUGUAUAUAUUUACAUGCUUCAUAGUAACAAUACGUGGCUCAAACUAGCUACGUGAAGCUUUUUAUUUUAAAGUUGCUCAUCACAUCCUCUUUCAGCGCUCUGACGAGCACUCGUUCGUUCUGAAAUGCAGGAACUGGCACCUGGCACCUAUUCUUGUAAAGCAGAGCCCGGAGACAUUUACUGAGAUACCCAGUGACUGGAGUAUCCCCACAAUUCCUUCUGUUUGUCAGAGUCAAUCUUAACAGAAGCAAUAGGGUGAAGAACCACUGUUCCCGUGUGCCCAUCCUGCUUCGCAUUCUGGACUUGUCUGCAUUUCAUUACAAUUUUCAAAAAAUGAUGUUGAAAGAGGGCAGCACGGUGUCGGGGGGUCAGCAGGGCUGGGGCCCUGGGUUCAGUUCUGGACCCGGCGUGCUGUCUGUGUGGAGUCUGCAUGUCCUCCUCAUCUUUGUGUGGGUUCUCUCUGGGUGCUCCCAGGGCCCGGAGGCAUGCUGGUGGGUUAAUUGUGUCUAGUUGUUUCUGUGUCUGCCCAGCGGUGGACUGGCGUCCCGACCAGGGCGUGUCCUGCCUUGCGCCCGCUGGGAUAGGCUCCGGGACCCUGAAAUGGUAGAAGCUGUUGGAAAAUGGUUGGAUAUAGGAAGACGGAGAGGACCUGACGGCUGAAGGCUUUCCUGAAGGAUAGUGUUGUACACGCCCUCUUGUCCAGCAGAGAGGACAAUUGACCAGAACAGCGUUCUGCUCUCAAUCCUGCUGGGAAACGGGAUUCAUUCCCACACAUCCUUAUCCCCUGUCCCGAGCUCGCUGGAGAGGGAUGGGUGUGGGCCGCGGAGCGCGCUGUGCAGCUGUUCCAGCUCUUUGUGCUGCUUGGGCAGGCCUUGCAAGCAGUGUGGGUGUGUGGGUGUGGGGUUCCUAACGUUUUGGCCAUGGAGGACAGACUGCAGUUAGAGAACUGGCUUUCAGGCCUGGCUUUUAACCAUACGUCCUAACAUUCGGAUUGCCGAGAGUAUAAUGAUGGGGCAUUAUAAACGCCCGGUAUGUCUUUUUCUUAGCUGGUUUCAGCCCAGUGUUUCCCAUUUUGUAUCUUGCUCCUGCGUGCAACUCCCUGCACCUGUCUGCCUUCAGUGUCAUCCAUCGGGGCUCGGCACAGUCGAGACUGAAUCUCUUUGGGAUUUCCUUUGUGGCUUCUACAGUGUUUUGCUAAUCCUGCUCUUUUUGUUGGUCUGAAUUAGGAAGAGCAGUGGUCCUAGUAUGGAUCCCUGUGGCACUCCGUUAACUGCAUCACUCCAAUGUGAGCUUUUAUCCCUUGCGUGUACAGAUUCAGAAGUGCUUGAACUACUAUUGUAGCUGCUUGUUCAGCUUGAGAAAUUAUUUGAACGAGACCUGCUGCCCGUUAAUUGUUCACUGUGCUGUAGAAUCCUACUGUUAUAGACACCCGCCACAAAUAAGGCUCAUUGCCCUAUAGGUAUUUGUUCUUUGACGGAAGCUACACCAGCAAUUUUACGCUCAUUUGGUCUUACUGUUGUAAGAGGUUUGUUAAAGGUCAAAUAACUUAGCUAGCAGCUGGGUGUUUCACCGAGAUGUGCCUCUCCAUGCCGGUGAGCCCUCGUUACCGUUCAUUGUAAUGAGGAAUGGUACCUCAUACAGUGCCUGUGGCACUCAGAUGUGUUUAAAGGAGCUAAAGCGUGUGUAACAAUGCCAGGCACAAAGCAGAGGAGGCACAAACACUCCCGCUGGCUUCACCCAUGGCCCUCAGAGCAGAGCGCAACACUGAAUGACUUCCCCUUCCAAAGGGGUGUGUGCUGGGGUAUUGUGUUCCCAGGUUCCGAAGGACACUUUAAACCUUACACACGCAGACGAGGCAGCUUCUUGAAUGGGUCAAGACCCUGCACAGCCCCCUUAGACUCCUGGGACACUUGACCUUGAAACUUGUGUCUUUUGAGGGGGGUGAUAGGGUGCUGCUGCUGGGAGUUGAUUUCCCAUAGAGGCAGGACUGGGGCAGCUGGUGGAAGGUGGUGGAGAGCUGGCUGGGCUGUGCUCUGAAUUCAAACCUGCAAUUUCGCACGUUGAUGCAGCUUUGCAGCCUAAAUACCAGCGCAGGACAAACGUUGGUUCUGUACAGGUUCCUGGAUUGGUUAAGGGCUCUGUGCUUCAGGCAACGUCAAACUUCAGGCCCUGUUGUCAGUGACUGUAGUCUGAGCAUCUGAUGAAUUAUUCAUUCUUGGAUGUAGUUUUCGUGACUUCGCGCAUCUUUGCUGUCACGUUACAGCGGUUUUCCCUUCACUUUUACUGUCCUCGUUUUUUCGAUCUUCAGUCUUUAGAUGUCACGCCGGAAUCCGGUACAGAGGAUAUUGAACAUAUUGUUAUAGAACGCAAGCAGUCUUAGUCAAUGAGAAAAAUAAAAAGUCUUUGCUGCUUCAAGGAUACUUAAUGCUGUAUCGGGGUCCGUUUCUGCUGCUGCGGUGGGGGGGGGGGCGCUUCAGUGGACGCGCACAGUGUUAGGGCACGGGGCCGCGCGUCGGCGGCGCGCCUUGGUAGUUGUCCUCCGUGUCUAUAUAUAUCUACCGGGUUACUAUAAAUGGAGAGGAGCGGCUUGGAGGCGCAUCUAUCCCAGAAAAGGGGGAAGGGUCUGGGAAGGUUUACUUUUAAAACCGGGAAGCUGUUGAAUCGGGCGGAAAGACAGCGGUGUAUCUUCGCGUUUUGGACCCCAGCGUCGAUCGCAGCGUUGUGUGCCCGCGACACGUGAGGCGCGUUUAAUUAUUUAUAACCCGGAGCCGCUCCGCCAACCCCCCGCCCCCCCCGCCGAGCGGCGCCUGUUGGAAAGGUCCUGCGCUCAGGGUGUGGAUGCGGAGCCGGGCAGAGCGACUCCAACCCGGGGAGGAAAAAAGCGGCGAAUAUGAGCUAAAGGCGGCGGGGAAAACGUCUCCCGGAGAAAACCGCUGAGCGAGAGCGAAGGAGGCCGAGAAGAGAGCAGGAGGGCCGCGGCCAGGCGGAGCAGAGGCGCCGAGGGACGCCGGCGGAGCAGCGCGGAGAGCCGUCCGGGCGCCGGGGCCGAGGCGCAGGCAGGCCGGAGCCACUGCGGAGCGGGUCCGGGGCGCGGUGGGGGGGAGGGCGAGGCUUGCAAAAGGGGGCAAAAAAAAAACCCACCUCCAGCUUUCCCUGCCCCUCCGUGCCUCCCGUCCCGCAUUUCUGGAAUCUUUUUUUGUGUGCGUGUGUGGUCGGGAUCGGGAAUCGACCGGACCGAGCGAGAAAGGGAGGGUCCGGCCGGCGGAUGUGCGCGGCGGAGGGAGCCUCUCGGAGGGAGCGGGACCUGUGAACACGGGCUCGGAGGCGGCGAGGGAUGCGCUCCUCCCCGCCCGCCUGCGAGCGUCUCUCCAGCGGCUCUGCCCCCGUGAGGCGCGGCGGGGCUUAGGCUCAGCUCGCUCAGCCAGACACCCGCCAGUGGGCGGCUUUCCACAUCUCCAGCCUGAUCCGCGGGACUCCCGGGAGAGGAGGAUCUUCAAGUCGAAACUUUCUGUUGUUGUUGCUGUUGUUGUUGCGCAAGACUCCCAGAAGACGCGGUGCGAGAGGCGCUCUGGGCGCUUCGCCUCUUUCCGUUCCUGCUGUUCGGUUGUUGUUUUUCCUGGGUGACUGUGCCGGCGACACGGGCUCCUCUUCUGCCCUCCGGCGCCUGAAAUCUGCCCCCCGGAACGGAUCGACCCCAGGGUCAGACUCGCUCCCAGGACCCCGACGGACCCCGAGGUCAGCGCCGGACAUCUGCGACUUCCCCCCGCUAGCACCUCCCCCCCCGAGCCGGGGGUGUCCUGCCUGGGGGGCAGCCGUGGACAGACCUGACCGCACCCCCCGCCCCUCCUGUGGAACCUGUUUCUGAAAACCGGCGUCCAGGAAGCGCCGCUCGCCGCCCGGGACUCCGAGCCUUCCGCUCCGGAAAGCGGCGAGCAGCCCCUCCCCCCACCGCCUCCAUUUUUCCGUCGUUCCCGGGAUACCUGCGCCCCAGAGCGGGCUAUUUUUAGCGGGCAUGGGGUACAGGCGGCGGGGUGGGAAAGCGAGGAGACCCUAGCCCCACGCCGCUCCGAUCGCCAGCGCAGGAGGGAGCCGGCGCUCCGAGCCCUGUCCUCCGCGGCGCCUCUCCAUGCCUCCAGUGCCUGCGCGUCCCCGCUGGAGCUGCAGUCCGCCCGCUGGCUCGACCCCCGGCGACACGGUGCCUCGGCCCGGCAGGGUGUGGGCGUCCGUCAUUACGUGAGCAAAGCGCGUUUUCACCAAAUAGUCCUGUCCAGAGAGCUAUCUUAAUAGAUAGGGUAUAAAUAGAGUGGAAAUAUAUAUUUUUAUUUUGUAUAUCUCUAAAGAAGCGUUGCCUAAACAGAACUCAUUGCCUUAGAAGACGCGCGGAUCCCGCGGAUUCGUCCAAACUUUUCCCUGCUCGGGGGAUUUUAUUUUCAGGUGCCUUUCUGUCUCUGUCCCGGUGUGGCCACCGCGGGAGAAGCGUCAGCCUUUCGCCAGAAGUGAAGGAAGCUAAAACUCUUGCUCUUAAACAACAACAAAAAAACGCUUUUUUUUUGCUUUUUCCUCCGUUGUCAACGUCGCUGGAUGUAGCAGAUCGCCGCAUCCCGUUGGGUUUUUUCCUCUUCAGACUGUUGUUUCCGGGAUUGUAUCGUUUGUGUUUCGAGGGAGGAUUAUUGUCAUUAUCGCCAUCAUACAGUUUUUCUCCCCCCUCCCCUCCCCUCACACCUCCCCCCGAAUUGUACUUCUGUUUCCGAUUGCGGUCGCGCCAGUUCUCCAUCGGGGUCCCGCGGUGACGGAAAGGCGAUUCCGAUGGUGAUCACGUCGGCCGUGGACGAGAAGCCCCAGCCCUCAGCGAGAAUGGUCGCCAGCGUGCAAGCCGACUGGAUGAACAGCCAGGAGCCGGGCAGAUACCUGCCGCAGCCGCACCUCCUCAGCAAGGCCUCCCGAAGCGGAAACGGCUCAGGAUGCAAGCCCACGUCCUCCUCCCUCUGCCUGCCUGCCACCCUGGGCUUCUCCCCCGCUGAGCCAACCAUGUCCAGCCAGCACAGCCACCCCACCUUCAGCAACAUCCACUCCAUGGCCGAGCAGCAACAGGUGCUGUCAGACAUGACCAUACUGCAGAGGAGGAUCCCGCCGAGCUUUCGAGACCCAGCCACCGCCCCGCUCCGGAAACUCUCCGUCGAUCUCAUCAAGACCUACAAGCACAUCAAUGAGGUGUACUACACUAAGAAGAAGCGGCGCGCCCAGCAGGUGCCCCCCGAGGACUCCAGCACCAAGAAGGAGCGGAAGGUCUACAACGACGGCUACGACGACGACAACUACGACUACAUCGUCAAGAACGGCGAGAAGUGGCUGGACCGCUACGAGAUCGACUCGCUCAUCGGGAAGGGCUCCUUCGGACAGGUGGUGAAGGCCUAUGACCACCACGAACAGGAGUGGGUGGCCAUCAAGAUCAUCAAAAACAAGAAAGCCUUCCUGAACCAGGCCCAGAUCGAGCUGCGGCUGCUUGAGCUCAUGAACAAACACGACACGGAGAUGAAGUACUACAUAGUCCACCUGAAGCGGCACUUCAUGUUCCGCAAUCACCUCUGCCUGGUGUUCGAGCUGCUCUCCUACAACCUGUACGACCUGCUGCGCAACACCAACUUCCGUGGCGUGUCCCUCAACCUCACGCGCAAGUUCGCCCAGCAGCUGUGCACCGCGCUGCUCUUCCUGGCCACGCCCGAGCUCAGCAUCAUCCACUGCGACCUCAAGCCCGAGAACAUCCUGCUGUGCAACCCCAAGCGCAGCGCCAUCAAGAUCGUGGACUUCGGCAGCUCCUGCCAGCUGGGCCAGCGGAUCUAUCAGUACAUCCAGAGCAGGUUCUACCGCUCUCCGGAGGUGCUGCUGGGAAUGCCCUAUGACCUGGCCAUCGACAUGUGGUCUCUGGGCUGCAUCCUGGUGGAGAUGCACACAGGAGAGCCCCUGUUCAGCGGCUCCAACGAGGUGGAUCAGAUGAAUAAGAUUGUGGAGGUGCUGGGGGUCCCUCCAAAUCACAUGCUCGACCAGGCCCCCAAAGCCCGGAAGUACUUCGACAAGCUUUCCGACGGCCUGUGGACCGUCAAGAAGAAUAAGGACAUUAAGAAGGUACUUUUCCCGUCGCCCUCCGAGUACAAGCCCCCCGCCACGCGGCGGCUGCACGAGAUCCUGGGGGUGGAGACGGGGGGCCCCGGGGGCCGGCGUGCGGGCGAGCAGGGCCACGCCCCCUGCGACUACCUGAAGUUCAAGGACCUGAUCCUGCGCAUGCUGGACUACGACCCCAAGACCCGCAUCACGCCCUUCUACGCCCUGCAGCACAACUUCUUCAAGAAGACCACGGACGAGGGCACCAACACGAGCAGCAGCACCUCCACCAGCCCGGCCAUGGACCACAGCCACUCCACCAGCACCACCAGCUCCGUCUCCAGCUCAGGUGGAUCUAGCGGAUCUUCCAACGACAACCGGAACUACCGGUACAGCAACCGAUACUACAACAGCGCUGUGACUCACACGGACUACGAGAUGCAGAGUCCACAGGCUCCUCAGCAGCAGAUGCGCCUGUGGCCGGGAGGCGAGGGCCCCCUGUCCAACAGCGACCCCUACCCCCAGCUGCUCCUGCACAAGCCCUCCGCCACGCAGCAGUCCCGCCACUACCUCGGCGGCGGCGGCGGCGGGAUGCUGGAGCCCCACCACCCGCACCCCAUCUACGGGCACCACGGCAACAGCCGGCAGCUCCGCCAGCAGCAGCAGCAGCAGCAGCAGCAGCAGAUCCCGGCGGCGUCGCCCCAGCAGCAGCUCCCGGACGCCAUCGAGCUCAGCCUGACGCACCACCACCACCUGGCCCCGUCUUCCAUGCACCACGGGCCCCCCCUCCCGGACUCCAGCCAGUACGGCUCCUCCAACCUGCACCUGGGCCUCUCCGCCUUCCGGACUAGGACAGUCAUGGCCCCCCCGAACCCCCAGGACAGCAUGGUCGCCGCCUCGGGGCUCGGCUACCCCCCCUACCCCGGUAGCACUGGCGGCGGCGGCGGCGGAGGCGGCAACAACAACAACAACCCCCCCCAGGCCGGAGGGGGGGGCGGCCUGUUGACGGGACCCCCCCGGGGAGGAGCGGGGGGCACGGGCGUGGGCCGGCCCGACUCGGAGGAGAUGGCGAUGAUGGGGGUCUGCGGGACCGGGGGACCCCCUCAGAGCACAGCGGCGAGCUCUUGAUGAAUCUUGAACAAACUCCAAAAGCCAUACGAUUUUAAACACACACACACACACACACACCGCCGCACCGCGCGGACAGACCGGAGAGCUGGACGGACGAUCUUGUUGUGCAUGGGGGGGCAGGGCGGGGCAGGACUGGGGGGUCCGGAUCGUUUCUUUUCUUUGGGUGUUUUGGAGGGGGGGGGGAGAGGCCGGCUGGAGAAGGGGUUUUAGUUCUCUUACGAUUUUUAUUUUAACUUUGGUUUUGGCGCCGGGCGACUUCAGGGCGCGGCGUGUCGGGACGGCGGAGGGGCGGGAGGCGCAGGCCGGGGCGCCGCAGACCGCCGGGCUGUUUGGUUUUGUUUCUGAAGUCUAGGUGUUUAAUUGUAAAUUAUUAAUUUAUUAAUAAUCACUACAUGAGGGCAUGACCUGAGUGUACGAAAAGGAGGAGAAAUUGCAGUGGGUUUUUGUUUUUUUUUUAUUAUUCUUAUUUUUCGGAGGGGCACCUACAACAAAGGAAGCCAGGAUUUUCUUCCCCCCCUUGUUGUUUUAGCGUUUUAUUUUCUUUCUCCGGACUUCUCGCUGCCCGCUGGCUUGUUUCCAGCAGAACGGCUGUCCAGGGGAGGCCGCUGCGCAGGGGGUAGAAACUCUGGCCCGGAGAAACGCCCAGCUGCUCCCUUCAGACAGGACAGGGCCGCCCGCCCCACGCCAGCGCCGGGACGAAGACGGACGCGGAUCGGACAAACUCGGGAUGCAUCAAGCCAAAUCUCGCUCACUCUUCCUCUCCCCCUCUCCCCGUCUGUGCUCGGUUGGGGUGGCUUCCGAAGUUCGCUGACCCCCUCUCCAUCACCCCCUUUCUCCAGGCAACGCGCCCCCCAGAAUCGCUCCCUCUCUUUCGUCGCCCCCCAGCGCUUGGCGAGCGUUGCCACUUCCCAUCCGGGAAAAGAAAAAUAUCGGGGGGGGAGGGGGGGAACGACGACAAAACCACCCCCACACCCUCUUCGUUUCUUUCUAGGCUGCUAACUCCACUCUCAACCGUGUCCGGAUUGCUGCUAAACAAAACAGACAAAUAAAUAAAAGAGAUAAACUUUUUAACCCUCCUGCUUCAGAAGAAAAAAAAACCACUGCAUCUCAUGUAUUUAUUACUAUUUAACAAAAAAAAAUGGAAAAAAGCC